UAUCAGAGAGGUCACAGGUGACCACAUGUGGAAGAAUUCUUCACAAACGCAGGUCACACAAGAACCCAGAGAAGACAUUUCUUACAAUGGAGGUGUGUCCAUUCUGCGGCAAGUCCUUUAAAAGGUUAAAAUCUCACCUUCCUCACUGCAAGGCUGCCCCUUCAGCACAAUCCAAGAUUACUUCACCACCUAAUCGCCAUGCAGAGCAAGCAAACACCCGUCAGAAAAAGAACCUUAGCGCUUUAUCACCAUUGUCAGACAGCAGUUACCUAGCCACUUGUUCCAUAACUAAAAUGAUGCCAGGGAAUAACUCCAAAAUUACAAAACCUAAAGGCUCUUCACAAAUUAGCAGUAGGGAAAAAGAAACCUGCGUGUCUGAUGUUAGUAAAGAUGGUUCUUGGACAGAAGGUGAAAAUACCAAAGUGUUUCAAAAAGCAAAGAAAAAGAAAGCUGUCAGUUCACAGCCUGCAGCAAAUACAGAGAGCGAAGUGUCAAAAAGUGACAGGGCGCCUUCAUUACCCCAUAAAGUCAAGCCAGAAAAUGAAGCAGUAAACGGAGACUAUGCUAAUAAAACCAGUGUUUGGAAUCACAUCAGUCACUGUUUAAUAAAAAAUGGCAAGAAUGUUGUGGGAAGGUAUCAAAUGCAGGAUAUAGCUGUUUCAACAAAUGAAAGACAUGACUGCCAGCGGCAAAGCCUGUUUUUAACCAAGACUAAUGUGUGGGAUCACAUCAAAGACAGUUUUUGCUACAAAAAAUAUGGAGCAUUCUCUCUUAUAAAGAAUACAGAAGUUAAAUUAGGUGGACUGCAGGGGAGUGUUGAGCAUCAGAAACAUGUUUGCAAUGGGAAUUACAGUUUCAGCCUUGUGCACCCUGUUCAAGAUUGGGCAAUAGUAGGGGAAACAGAUGGCACAAAUGUGAUCACUAGUGAUGAAACCUCAUCUAUGGCGUAUCCAGUAGCAUUAAGUCAGCAACGUCCCGGUGUGGCUCUGGUGGGAAGCAUGGAGUGGUUUCCGGAGCUCCACGCUGGAUAUUCUGCCAUAAAAAUCUGUAUGGUCCCAACUAAAUGUUACCUUUUUCCUCAAGGAAUUCACCACCACACUGCUCAAGAGCCUUCUUCUGGCACUACCAUUCCACACAGUCUACAAGCAGACAAAACCGUAUUAGAUGUAAAAAUUGGAGAUCUGCCAUCAUGGCUGGCAUCUCGCAACCUUGCACCAUGGGCAGCUGUUGCAGCAGCACAGAGAAGUUGGAGAAGAUACUAUAGCAAGUAUAUCAAUGUUAAACAGGGUACUGCUGGUGGGCUGACUAUGUUGUUAGCAGGCUAUUGUAUCCUCAGCUAUAGCUGGAACUAUCAGCGACACAAACAAGACCGAUGGAGAAAGUAUCAUUGAACUAGCAUCCUCACCAAGAUCAAGAAAAUGUCUGAUAAUUUAACAUUUUUCUACUUAAGAACUGGAAUUAUUAUUAAAAAGACCGGAUAAGCAAGGCAUUGGUUCAUUAUAGGCUUUAAGACUUUGCUUUCAGAUGCUCUUCAUAUGUUCCUUCUACAGCAAGGAUGGUCAGAUAAGGAGGGCCGGAGUGGCAACAGGUGUUUGGCCCAACCCAAUUUCUUAAUUAAAAGCUAAAUUACUACUGCUAAAGCAGGGUCUUAACAGGUAACAUUUUGUGCUUCAUUUUGUUU